AUGGCAACUACCAAGAAAAGUGUGUUGUGUGUUGCACUGAUGUAUUCUUGCUUCCUCGUGCACCAUGCAUGUGACCAUGAUGGUGUGAGCUUUGGUUACAGUGGAAGUACUGGCCCAAAGUAUUGGGGAAGCUUAAGCCCUAAUUUCACACUUUGCUCAAAAGGAAUCCAGCAAUCUCCAAUCGACAUCGUGAAGGAUGAAGCGGUCUAUAUUCCGCAGUUGGAGCCCCUUGAAAGGGAUUAUACAGCCACAAAUGCAACCAUUGUUGACAAUGUCUUCAACAUCGCGCUGCGUUAUAAUGACACCGCUGAGACCGUGAAGGUGGGUGGGAUAAAGUAUAAGCUAAAGCAAUUGCAUUGGCAUUCCCCAUCGGAGCACACCAUCAAUGGCGAAAGGUUUGCGAUGGAGCUUCACAUGGUUCACGUAACUGAAGAUGGAAACGUUACUGUUGUGGCCAUCCUUUAUCGACAUGGCAAACCAGACCCUUUCCUUUUCCAGAUAAAGGAACAGUUGGCUGAGUUGUAUGCGGAGGGCUGCAAGGCGGAGAAAGGCGAUCCUCUCCCUGUUGGAGUGGUGGACAUGACAGAACUGAGGCAGGGCGCGGAUAGAUAUUACAGAUACGUUGGAUCCCUCACUGCGCCUCCAUGCACUGAGAAUGUGGUCUGGAACAUUCUUGGCGAGGUAAGAGAAAUGACCAAGGAACAGGCUGCUGAUCUGAUGGCCCCUUUGGAGGGGAGUUACAGGCACAACUCCAGACCACUACAGCAAUUGAAUGGUCGCACGGUUCAGCUCUAUGACAAGUCACUGAAAAUCCGAAAGAUGGUGUAG